UCAAAUUCCAGUCGAUUUUAUAACCCCACUUACUUACGAGUUGUAAACAAUUAAGAUGUUCAGAUCCUUAAUAAAUAGGUUGAGCAGUGCUCAAACGUGCGGGAUUCACACAACCGCAAGCCUAAAUGAAGUGAGACUGCUAACUCGGCUCAGAGUGGUGGACAACUCUGAGAUCGGCAAGCGCGCUAUGGCCGAGGGGAAGCCUCCCAAAGUGAUCUGUGUCUACAAUAAAAAACGAGUUGGUCUCAUUGGAGACAGAGUUAUGGUGGCAAUUAAGGGACAAAAGAAGAAGGGAAUCUUAGUAGGCCUGAAACAGAAUCAAAAAGUGAAAGUGCCCAAGUUUGACAGCAAUAACAUUGUGCUCAUAGAUGACAACGGCACUCCACUCGGCACAAGGAUACAUGUGCCCAUCCCUACCAUCUUGAGAACCAUUCUAAAGGAGAGGACGCAUGCUAAAGGAGCUGACUACACUAAACUAUUGGGUAUCGCCACUAGAUUUGUAUAGAAAUAAGAAUGUAGAUUAUGUUUUAAGUAGUUAUAAUGUUUAUCAGUAAAGUUAUUUAAUGUUUGAAUUA